CGCAGUUGCCCGUGACCGGGAGGGAGCCCAUCCCGAAGCCCCCCGCCCACUCUCCCAGGCGCGGGUAGUAGAAAAAAGGCGCCGCGCUGCGACCCGCAAAGCAAAGAAGAAAAGCGGCGGCCGCAGUCGCAGGCUCGCAGCAACACAAGCUCAGAGCAUAUUGGGUUGGCGUCGGGGCAGCGUCAGCCUGGCAUCCCAUUCCUUCCUUCCUCGCCCUCCCCUCCCCUCCCCGGACAAACCCCACACCUUUCCGCUCCUGUUCAUCCCUCGCCGCGGCCGAUACGAGGCCUGUGCCGCGCCGCCGGCCCCCGGAUGCGGCGUCCAGGGCCGCUCCUCUGCGCGGCGCUGGCCGCCGCCGUCGCGCUCCUGGCCCCGCUUCCGCCCGCGGCGAUCGCGGCAGAUUGUCCGUUGGAUUUCAGUUGGCCGAACUUUGCGCUGAUAGCUUCUGUAUGCUCGGAUCAGAAUGGACACUCAAAGUGUUGCCGCUAUAUCAAUGCCGUCCUCGCGGUCUCAUCUGCAAUGUAUGCGAACAGAACAGGCACUCUUGGUGUUCCAUCUGAACUUGCCGAUGCAUGUAUUAGCAAUAUCUCAGACACCUUCGUGUCCAAUGGGAUACUUCCGACCGCAGCUUCAUUUUGUGGCCUUGGGAUCAAGAUUCAGGCGUCCUAUCAGUGUGUUGGGAUGACUACUAUCCUCCAAAUGUUAAAGUCCCCGAAUUUCAGUGACGUGACUAGAAAUUGUGCAACCUCACUUCCAGAUGACGUUAGCUGCAAGAAAUGCUUAAAUUCUGGUUUGUCAUACCUCCGCCAUCUUGUGGGAGAACAAGAUAAUGUCACAUUGAAUACCUGUCGUGAUGCUGCCUUUGUUGCUUUUGUGAGUCAAGGGAACAUAUCUACUCUUGAUACAGCGGGCUGCUUUUUUAGUGUUCAGGGGCUGAGUGCUCUUCAAGGGAACAUCUCGACAUCAUCCCCAGCUGGAUAUCCUGCACCAAAUAUUUCUCCCAGUCCAUUUGCAUCGCAAAUUCCUGGGAAGCAUGUUGCUGAAGUGCCAUCCAACCAUCAUCGUAGUUACAAGCGUGUACUAUUCCCUGCUAUCGGGGCCUUGGUUACAGGAUUAUCAGUUACACUACUGGUAGUACUGAUUUUACUUAUCCGAAGAAAGAGCAAAGAACUAGAAAAGAUUGAGGGAAUUAACCCUUUGAAAGUGUUGAGUUCCUGUGUCAAGAAGGGCCAAGAAGGUACUUCCACCAUUUUUGGCAGAUUUAGUUACCAAGAGAUGAGAAAGGCAACAAGAAAUUUUAGCACCAUGUUGGGAGGGAAUGAUAAUGCAACAAUAUUAAAAGGACAACUGAGCAAUGGUUCUGUGGUUGCCAUUAAGCGCAUAGAGAGCUCACCAAAACAAGAUCUGCUGGCAUUCUGCAAAGAAAUGGAAUUUCUUGGGCGGUUGCAUCAUCGACAUCUUGUUGGACUUAAAGGAUAUUGCUUAACAAAAUUCGAGAGGUUCCAGGUUUAUGAAUUCAUGGAAAAUGGAAGCCUCAAGGACCACCUUCAUUCGUCAGGUAAACUUCUGCUGCCGUGGAAAAAUAGGAUCCAAAUCGCCAUUGAUGUUGCAAAUGCUUUGGAGUACCUUCAUUUCUAUUGUGAUCCUCCAUUGUACCAUGGAGACAUAAAGCCUAGCAAUGUCCUCCUGGACAAGAAUUAUCUCGCAAAGCUUGCUGGGUGUGGCAUUGCACACUGCUCAAAUGGUGGCAAUACCAUGGUCGGUUCCACCCCAGGGACUGUCAAGAUCCAGGCAACUCCUGUACCGUGCGUAUAUCUCCGUGCAGGGUACGUAGACCCGGAGUACGUGGUGACCCAGGAGCUGACGGCCAAGAGCGACGUCUACAGCUACGGCGUGCUGCUGCUGGAGCUCGUCACCGGGAGGCCCGUGGUCCAGGACGACCGGAGCCUCGUGGAGUGGUCCCGCGAGCUCAUCGGCACCGACUACCGCCUCCACGAGCUGGUGGACCCAGCGGUGGCGGACACGUUCGACCUGGACGAGCUGCAGGUGAUGGCGGACGUGAUCCAGUGGUGCACUCACAAGGACGGCGGGGCGCGUCCGUCGAUGAAGCAGCUCCUCCGGAUCCUCUACGAGCGGCUGGACCCGCUGUCCGGCGGGUUCGCACGCGCCGUGGAGGUCGAGCAGGGGUACUACUACGGCGGGCAGAGCGGGAGGAAGGCGAAAGAGUGGCAGCAGCAUCACGAGCAGCGGCCGCGAGACGGCGGCGGAGACGUGAUCCAGUUCAGCGGCGAGCCGCGGUGCCUGCCAUCGUCGUCCAGCACGUCCAGGUCCCACUGCAGCCGCACCGUGCCGCCGGAGGGCAACUCGCCGGAUCCCCAGUCGCCAGCCCACGCCGACCGCGGCGGGUUCUUCAUCUGAAGUCUGAUACUACGUACGACGGGAUGCCAUUUUUUGUGGGUUGAUUUUAGGCAUGAAAGAGUUGCAGGCAGCUGCCUUUUUGUGAAACCUCCGUGGCUCCGUCCGUAUGGUACUCCGCGCGACGCCAACUUGCGAGUUCGUGAUGCCCGCAGGGUCCCAGGAUCCAGGUGCGUGCUGGCGCGAGCAAAGAGCUCAUGGCAGUCAGAGAUGGCACGCCUUCCCUAGGUGGUUGUUUCGUUCAUGACAGCAGCAUUGAUUUGCAUCGGGAGCAAUGGAGCAUCGCGUUCUAUUCAAGUCCAUUCAAUUUCUGUACCGGUUUUGCUUCCCUCCUUGCUGGGAUGGAGUAGGAGUGACUAGUGGAGUGCUGCAAUGAGCGGCAGGGGUCACUGUCCUUGUCUUCUGUUU